GUUGAGAGUUGUGUGAGGCUACAGAUACUGGACGCAUUUUUAUUUUUGCAAAACCAUCCUAUCACAUUCAAACAAACAAUUUAGUCAGUCGUCAACACAGGAACAAAGCAAUGUGUUGGUUAAAAAUAGAGAUAAGUAAGCUUUCAGGCUCUGACUAACCGAGCGAACAAAACGUGAGAAUCACUUAUUAUCAGACAUUCUAACCAGACACAUCUUGAAGUAAACGUCGUUUCAGUGUUUAAAAUUAAUCAGUUUUGAAAAAAAUACUUUUCUGCUUUGUUGAUUUUUGAAAACUACCAUUAAGUCAAGCUACAUAACAGAUCAUAAUUUAAGCAUGCCUAAAAUACAAGUUCAUAGUUCCCGUAUUCAGUACACUGACUCCUACAUUGAAGCUGUCUAUGGCUAUCAGAACACUGAAGUUCGUAUUCAUGGAGACAUAUUCCACGUACAUCCUCGCACCACCAAAUUUACUUUCCGCACAAAUCUGCAAGUCCCUAAGGUCGGGAUUAUGCUAGUUGGAUGGGGAACUGAAACUGGGACAACAGUUACAGCAACCGUGUUAGCCAAUAAGUUAGGUUUAAUAAACAAAGAUCAAGGAAGUCAGAGAGAACAUGUAAAUUAUGUCGGAUCAAUUACUCAAUCGACCACUGUGAUGUUAGGCCUAACCAAUGAUGGAAAUGAAGUCAACGUACCGUUGAAGGAUUUGUUACCGAUGGUAAAUCCAAAUGACAUUAUCAUUGACGGUUGGGAUUUGUGUUCUUUAAAUCUAUCCGAGAGUCUGGAGCGAGUUGAGACAAUAAACAAUGACCUAAAGCACCAACUUCAUCACGAAAUGAAGCAGAUGAAACCUCGCAAGUCUAUUUUAAACCGAGACUUUCUUCCGUCAAAGGAAAAUAUUAUUGUAGAUAAUAUAAUCCCCGGUACCAGAGAAGAGCAGAUGGCCCAGAUUCGGAAGGAUAUUAACGACUUCAAAACGCAAAAACUUCUUGACAAAAUCAUUGUUGUUUGGAUAGCCAAUGAAGAAAAAAAUAACGAUGUCAUUGAUGGUGUAAAUGAUACAGCAGAUAAUCUGUUGAAAUCUAUUGAAAAGAACACUUGUGCAAUAGCACCUUCAACCCUCUUUGCCGUUGCUAGUAUUUUGGAAGGAUGUUCUUUCAUCAACGGCACAUCGCAAAAUACUUUUGUUCCUGGAUGCAUAGAGCUCGCUGAACGACACAAAGUUUUCAUUGUCGGGGAUAGAAUCCAAUCACUUCAGACAUUAACCGAGAGUUCAAUGUUGGACUUCCUGACAUCCGCUGGUAUCAGAGUGAAUUCUGUGGUCCAGCAAAAUAAGGUAGAAAAAAGCACAAUUUUUUCAACCACUAACGUGCAAUGCGGCGCAAAUGACCAUUACAAGGGAAACUUGGAGAUGAACACAACAAUGGGUUCUGGUACAGGACCUGAAGAAUGCUCCUGUUCAGAUGGGAAUGUCCAAAUUCCAGAGGUAUUCAGUAGAGCCGAGUAUCACUUAGAACUUGGAAUCGAAGGUCUCAACACCAUCGUUGUCUACAACACGUGUAAAGACUUCCUGCUGGCCAGUCCCAUACUUCUUGAUCUGAUCAUACUGACGGAGCUGUGCCAGAGAAUUAUUUUUCGAGUGGGAGACUCCCUUAAGUUCCAGUCUUUCAACAGUGUUCUGUCUGUUCUGGGUUACUUGUGUAAAGUUCCUCUAAUGACCCGUAAGGCUCCCGUAAUAAACACACUCUACAGACAAAGAAAGUGCAUAGAAAAUAUUCUUCGGGCAUGUUUGGGAUUAGCUCCUGAAAAUAACAUGAGUUUGGAAAGUAAAUUGAGCGAUUCAACCGACUGGAAUGAAUCACAAGAUAUUAUGCGUUCCCGCGCACAGAGUAAAAUUGUUACUAUGGACGACAUUCGAGCGGUAGUGGGUAGCGUUCAUAACCUCCCAAGUGGAGAAGUAUUGGCUGGCAGUUUACAUUAAUGACGUUGUCAAAGCAACAGACAGUUAUGGUUCUUUGGGCUGUAAUUAAUGAGACAUGGAUUGGUCAUUUGAUUACUGUUAAACACCUUUCGUGAUCAAUACCUCUAAAUUCUGUUUUUAACACGAGUUAUAGAAUGAACUUAUACCAAAAUUAACAUCAUAAAUAGAAUACUUUUAGUAAAGUUGGGUAAAAUGAACGUCAUACAGUAAUUUUUAAGUUGCUUCCCAAUUCAUAUAUAUGUGAUAUGUUAUAAUAAUUAGAACAAAUCACAGGAAGUUUUGUGUAAAAAAAAUGAACAAACCAUAGUUUGUGCCUCAUAAGAAUAUGUUUUAUGAUAAAAAAGAUGGACAACCCACAGUUUCAAAGAUCGUGAUUCAGGACAGUAUACGUGUUUUUAAUAAUAACAUUUCAAACAGUGUUAAUUUAAAGAUAAAUGUUCACAUCUGACAAAGAAACGCUCUUGCACAAUCACUUUAACGUUCUGUAGAAAUAUGAGGAAUGUACUACGUAUUGAUAUUUGGUUGACGUCAUUUUGUUUCAGGAAGACCUUUCAAUGUCACAACUGUCUUUCUACGAAAUGAAAUCGAAUAAUGUGAAAUCAGUAAAAAAUAAAAUAAACUA